GAGAUCAGCUGACUCAACGAUCUCGAUUGUUUAGUGUUUGUUUUGAUCCUGCUCUUGUCAUUUAUUUGUUAUCUUUUUUGUUCUUUGUUGCCAAGAGAGAUCGCACUCGGGUCACUUGUUGAGCGGAGGCUGGUGGCAAUGCCCUGCUCUCAUAAGUACAUCCUAAGACGCUGACAAUGGAACGACAAGCUAACACUGUGGAAGCAGGGGAUUUCAGUAUUAAUACUGUAGGGGGAGAUCAAGAAAAGCUCAUUGUGGGGCAGGAAGAGCAUCACUACCCACUCCCUGUAAUACCAGCCCUUUACAGCAAGUUACUGUUGUUGAUCAUUUUACCAGCUGGAGCAUUUCUUAUCCCGGUUGUCCACACUUCAAACUCUGGUACUGAUUCAUUUUCUGCCCUUCAGUACCUCCACAUAAUUGUGUGGGCUGUGGUUAUGGUUCUUACAUGGUAUGUAAAAGCAGAACAUAAGAAGUCGAGAAUCCUUGGCUAUCAUGAUUUCUACAAUGCAACCCGAUAUCUACACAGAGUCACUUUUUACAUUUUGAGUGGAGGAAAUGUCAUUUUGAUUGUCAUUGGUUGUCUUGUAAAAGACUAUUGUCUGGGUGGAAGCUCAGACACUUGUAGUUUGAAUCUUGGACUGACCCCUGUGAACUAUCAGCAAGUGAUUUUUAUCCUAGAGAUAUUUUGUGCAAUUCCCUUUGUCAUCAAACACAUAGUGGAAGUUGUUCGCUUCAACCUUGCUGGACUACCUCCUGACACCCUGGCAGAAGAUGUGGCUCUCAGAUUCACCCGUCCUGAUUCCUAUGUAGGAGUGAGGGGUCCUAGCAACUUAGAAUGGGUGUUGGAGCGGCAAGCUGACCUACUCCAAGUCCUACGGCACAGGAACCUGAUACUUACCCAGCAGGUGUAUGCUCUCACACAUAAUGACCAGCAAAGUCAACCUUGAUGGAAUCACUGGUGACCUUUGCUAUGAUUAAAACAGGAGAUAUUUAAAGCUGUGCAAAUA